AGACUUUAACAAAACCACCUGGAAGCGACAACCUCGACCUUAAUUUAUAAGGACCGAGUUUCGCAAAAAGAAAGGGUCAAACUUAAAUAUUCGCAUAUUCGCAUAUAUUUAUUCGCACAUUGUUGUUCAAGCACAAAACACCAACGGAUUGCCCAAAAUGGUGCACGCAAAGUCGAAAACCUCCCUCGGUCUGGGCAAUACGCUCAUGAACGACCGCUUUGGAAAGGGUAAAGGAUCUGAUCGCAGAAAAGGUUCAGCUGCAGUCACGAGGAUCAACCAUGCAACAGGCGAAGAGUACAUCACAAACGACAGAAAAGAAGCAGCAUGGGUGAAGAUGCGCUCUGUAACGGAGCAAGGCGCGCUGGACGAGUUCCUUGCGACCGCCGAACUUGCCGGUACCGAUUUCACCGCUGAGAAGAUGAACAACGUCAAGAUCAUCCACACAGAUCAAAGAAAUCCAUAUCUCCUAUCAGCAAAUGAAGAGCGCAAUGUUAUAGGAAAACAGGCCAAGCAUAGAGGAAGGUUAACAGUCCCUAGACGACCAAACUGGGAUUCUUCGACUACCGCUGAAGAGCUUGAUCGGCUCGAAAGAGAGAGUUUCCUCGACUGGAGAAGAGGUCUGGCAGAAUUACAGGAAAAUAACGACCUUCUCAUGACUCCAUUUGAGCGUAACUUGGAGGUAUGGAGACAAUUAUGGCGUGUCAUUGAGCGAUCAGACCUUGUUGUUCAGAUUGUCGAUGCGCGCAAUCCUUUAAUGUUUCGGUCCGAAGAUCUUGAAUCAUACGUGAAAGACAUCGACCCGGGCAAGAAAAACUUGUUGCUGGUCAAUAAGGCCGACAUGAUGACGACAAACCAGAGAAAGGCUUGGGCGAAGUACUUCAAGGAGAAGAGGAUAGCCUAUCGGUUCUUCUCUGCGAGCUUGGCGAAACAAUUAAUUGAUGAACGCGAUCUGGAGGAUGAACCGGAAGAGCCUUUGAACGGCGAAAGCUCAAACCCGAAAACCAUACACGGAUCUAAAGAUGACAGUAACUCGGAGGACGAGAGCGAGGAAAAGGGUGUAGAUUCAGGGGUGCCCCUAAGGCAAGAUACCGAUGGUGGUGACGAUGAUGAUGAUAUCAGAAUAUUAACAGUUGAGGAGCUGGAAGACAUAUUUCUUCGGCAUGCAUAUGAUCCUGAUGAUCCGGAGAAGAAGCUGCAGAUAGGUCUGGUUGGGUAUCCUAACGUCGGAAAGUCAUCAACAAUCAACGCCCUCAUUGGUGCCAAGAAAGUCUCCGUCUCCGCAACGCCUGGUAAGACGAAGCAUUUCCAAACCAUCCACUUAAGCGACAAGGUCAUCCUCUGCGACUGUCCCGGUCUUGUGUUUCCCAAUUUUGCGACAACAAAGGCCGAUCUCGUCUGCAAUGGCGUCUUGCCGAUUGAUCAAUUACGAGAAUUUACGGGUCCCGCCGCGCUCGUCGCACACAGGAUCCCACAACCAUUUUUGGAAGCCAUCUAUGGUAUCCACAUCAAGACACGACCGCUAGAGGAGGGAGGCACAGGUAUUCCCACCGCCAGUGAGCUUCUAGCGGCAUAUGCCAGAGCACGAGGUUUCACGACCUCAGGUGUAGGACAGCCAGAUGAAUCGAGAGCUGCGAGGGUCAUCCUCAAGGACUACGUCAAUGGAAAGCUCUUGUACGUCCAGCCUCCUCCCGGUUGGGGUGACGGCAGCGACUUCAACCGCGAACUUUAUGACUCAACACACCUACCCGCAAAGCGCAAGGCAGCCCUUACCGCAGCCACGAAUGCACUUGACUUGGGCGACGACGAAUCAACAGUUGAUACGGAGAUUCUCGCUCUUCCGACUGGUGCAAAGUCAGAGAAGCUCGACAAGGCUUUCUUUGCGCGCGAUGCGGGAAACGCGGGACAUAUGAAAAUGCCCUUCAGUCAUAAGUAUACGGAACAAGGGAAGGCACAAGCACAAGCACAAGCUAAGCAUCUUAGCGGGCGUAAAGCCAGGACGAUGAUCGCUCUGGAAACAGGAAUGGAUCCGCAAGACGUACAGAUCGGUUCGAGCAAGAAGCACUUCAAGGGUGGUCAGAAGGGAAGAGGGAAGAAGUUCGAUAACAAGAUGUUGAAUGAGGAGAUUUAGAUAUUAGAUUAGUUUAGGUACUUUACGAAGCAAGGAAGGCAAAUUCUAGGUAGGACGGCAUGAGCGCAUAAGGUAACCAGAGCUAGUACCAUAAGGAUACGUAUGGCUAGAAAUAUUAUCAUUAUUGAUAUCCGCGCGAAGUCUAUAGACAUUAUUAUAUUUGAAUAUCUACAGUUACCGUUCCUUAUUAAGUUUUCCGUACCAUCUCCGUAUGGAGGUUACCUUUGGGCUAGGGCGGUUAUGGUUAUGGUUAUGGUUAUACUGCAUACAAAGUAGUACUGCUAGGUGCGAGAAGCGAUAUCCAAGUAGGAGGUACCCCCCCAACUACCUCGUACAUGG